AUGGCUUCUGCAAGUCACAGUGGACAGAUCGCGGCCGUUUGCUUCUAGUCUAGUCGCUAGAGGGGGACCUCGCUAGGGUGCGGUUCUUUGGCGGUUUUGGUGCGGGUCAGUGUUCGGUGGGUUCGGUUUUCCGACGAGGGGACACUGUGGAUUGACCGGACCGUGAAGAAUCCUCUCCGCAUGGUGGCGGAAUUUGUCUAAAUCGAGACAGCUGGAAGAGAGAGUCGUUUCAGAGCAGGGACCAACAAGAGUUAGCUCGUCCAGUGCCACGGCGACACCGCGAAGCGCGUUUCGAUUAACGAAUGCUGCCAUUUUUCGUGAUCGCUAACCACUGCUAAAACUGAAGAUGUCCAACGAGAAGAAAGACCCCGGAGGGGUUGGCCUCCAGAUCGAGGCACCCUCACCGGUACCCUCCAACUCCAUCCUGACCAUGCCCAUCGGCAACAUCAACCUGCCCGUGCCCCUGUCCCUGGAGGAGAAAAAGUAUCUGCUGGCGGUUGAGCGAGGCGAUCUUGCCACGGUGAAGAGAAUCCUCCAGCGUGCCCACCGGAAGCAUCACAUCAACGUGAACUGCGUGGACUCACUGGGUCGUGGUGCGCUCACCUUGGCGAUCGACGGUGAGAACCUGGAGAUGGUCGAGAUGCUUGUGAUCAUGCAGGUCGAGACCAAGGACGCACUGCUGUUAGCCAUCAACGCCGAGUUUGUGGAAGCUGUAGAGCUAUUGCUGGAGCACGAAGAACUGAUCCACAAGGAAGGGGAACCUUACAGCUGGCAAAAGGUCGAUAUCAACACGGCCAUGUUUACGCCGGACGUGACGCCGCUGAUGUUGGCGGCUCACAAGAACAACUAUGAAAUCUUGAAGAUUCUGCUCGAUCGUGGAGCGACUCUUCCGAUGCCCCACGAUGUCAAGUGCGGUUGUGAUGAGUGUAUUCGUCGAUCGUCGGAGGAUUCGCUGCGUCACUCGUUGGCCCGUGUCAAUGAGUACCGUGCGUUGGCGAGUCCGUCGUUGAUCGCGCUCAGUUCGCAGGAUCCACUGCUGACGGCUUUCCAGCUGUCUUGGGAGUUGCGUAACUUGGCCUUUGCUGAACAGGAGUGCAAAUCGGAAUAUCUCGAGUUGCGUCGGCAGUGUCAGACGUUUGCCGUGGAUUUACUGGAUCAGUCGCGUAGCUCGCAAGAGUUGGCCAUCAUUUUGAACUAUGAUCCGGAGUCGCCGCCGUACAUGGAUGGCGAUCAUAUGAAACUGACUCGGUUGGAGCUUGCGAUUGACUACAAACAGAAGAAAUUUGUCGCUCAUCCGAACAUCCAGCAACUGUUGGCCGCCAUGUGGUACGAGGGAGUUCCUGGGUUCCGUCGCAAGUCUGCGCUGGACAAGAUCGCGAUCAUCACCAAAGUGGCCGUCCUGUUCCCGCUGUACUGUAUGCUCUACAUGAUCGCGCCGACCUGUGAAACGUCCAAGUUUAUGCGAAAACCGUUCAUGAAGUUCUUGAUCCAUGCGUCGUCGUAUUUGUUCUUCCUGUUUCUGUUGAUAUUGGUGUCCCAGCGAGCUGAAGUUCAGGUAGUUCUACUGUUUGGUACGGAGAGUAUGAAACGAGCCCUACAGGAAGAGUUGGCCCGCCAGCGAGGCAACGGUCCAACGUAUCUCGAGUGCCUCGUGGUCAUCUACGUGAUCGGAUUCAUCUGGGAGGAAACUCAGGAGAUCUUCGCCGAAGGCAUCCAGAGCUACCUGAAGAACAUGUGGAACUUUAUCGACUUUUCUCGAAACUUCCUGUACUGCUGCGUGGUGUUGCUUCGAGUGAUCGCGUACAUUCAGCAGACGUCGGAGGUUAACAAAGACCCGAGUACGGCGUACAUUGCACGUGAGAACUGGGACGAUUUUGACCAGCUGAUCGCGGAAGGUCUGUUCGCAGCGGCCAACAUCUUCUCGGCCCUGAAACUGGUCCAUCUGUUCUCGAUCAACCCGCAUCUCGGACCGCUGCAGAUCUCGCUCGGUCGCAUGGUCAUCGAUAUCGUCAAGUUCUUCUUUAUCUACUCUUUGGUACUGUUUGCAUUCGCUUGUGGUCUGAACCAACUGCUCUGGUACUUUGCCGACCUGGAAAAGUCAAAGUGCUACAGCUUGAAGGGAGGACUACCGGAUUGGGACAACCAAGGGGACGCCUGCAUGAAGUGGAGACGUUUCGGAAACCUCUUCGAGUCGUCGCAGUCACUGUUUUGGGCCAGCUUCGGCAUGGUCGGGCUGGAGAGCUUCGAACUGCAGGGCAUCAAGUCGUACACGCGCUUCUGGGGUCUGCUCAUGUUCGGUUCGUACAGCGUGAUCAACGUGAUUGUGCUGUUGAACCUCCUCAUCGCUAUGAUGUCCAACUCGUACGCCAUGAUCGAGCAACACUCGGACACCGAGUGGAAGUUUGCCCGGACGCGCCUCUGGAUGAGCUACUUCGAGGAGAGUUCGACGCUGCCGCCGCCCUUCAACAUCUUCCCGACCAUGAAGCACCUGCUGCGGAUCUUUGGCAAGAAGAAGAAGCGCGACAUCAAGCGCGAGUCGACCAUCCGCCGCAAGGAGGACAAGGAGCGGGCCGAGCGUUACACGAACGUUAUGCGGGCGCUGGUGUGGCGUUACGUGUCGGCCAUGCACCGCCGCAUGGAGGAAAGUGCCGUUACGGAGGACGAUAUCAACGAGGUCAAGGGUGAAAUCUCCGCCAUGCGGUACGAGCUGCUGGAGAUCUUCGAGAAGAAUGGCAUGGAUGUGUCGGCGGCCGAUCGCAAGGAGAAGACUGUCCUGGCGAAGCGCAUGAAGGUUUGGGAGCGUCGCCUGAUGAAGGACUUCCAGGUGGCCCCGAUAGACGUGCAGAACGAAUUGGCCGAAGAGGACGAGGAAGCGCAAGAGGACGCCAAUCCGUUGGCCAAGUUCCGACGCGUGGCGAAGAAGGUCGCAACCCAAACGGCCUCGGCCAAGUGGGGCCAGGUCAUGUCCGGGGUAGGAAUUGAAACCAACUCGCAGAUUGGCCGAUGUCGCAACCGGGACAGCUUCAAGCAGCAACAGCAGCUCCAGAAGGCCAUGCACGAGGCACGCCGGUUGGUUGAGCGAAGUCCGUUGCCACGAUCCCGAAGUGCUUCACCGUCGAUCAACGGAUACGCGGACGAGACGACCAACACGUUGGCGAUGCUGAUCAACCAGUUGGCCGAGGAAACUGGAGGCUCCGUCGUUUCUCCGUAUGCCACCCUGAGACCGGAUGACCAUGGUCAACGUUCCGUUACCCCGUUGGAUCUGCUGACCGCUCAGCUGCAGGUUGCUCUCAGCAAGAACCCUUCGCCGAUGAUGAUGAGAGGAUCGCCGAAACCAGGAGAUAAAUCUCCGGCCAACAAGGCCGGUACCCGUUCUCCAGCUCCACCAACGAUGGCUUCAAUUGUGGGCAGUUCGCCAACAUCUCCGGAACCGUGCAACGAUAAAAAGAUUACUUCCCUUGAUGUGAGAUCCCCACCAAAGGUCAUGUCGCCUCCCCCAGCUAAGAAUCCUCCAAUGUCCCCACCACCGGCCAUUCACGUGACUUCCGACAUACCUCACCCCUUCAAGAAGGCCGGUUCCAAGGACAGUUUCGAUUCUAUUCCCUCGGUUGAGAUCAAGGGCCCAACUCCGGCCCCAUCCAAACCAGCUUCCCCGGCAAAGGCUAAAUCUCCACCACCUCCUCAACCCUCGGCCCCGGUCGUCGCUGCCGAUCAACCGGCGGCCACCGUUGUCCAUGCCGACGAUCCGUCACCACUCGUCUCAGGUGUCAACUCACCGCCGAAGGUCGUCAAACGUAAGUCGGCUGCCCCAGCAGCCCCCGAAUCCUCCAGCGACAUCUCGGUGUCCCGCCCGGUGGCCAGUAAACCACAACCCGGCCAAGGAAUGAUCCCACCACCACCCUCCAAAGAGGAACCAGCCCUCGUGAUCCCAACCCUAUCAACCACCCCAGCUACACCCCUGCCCGUCCCCAAGAACCUGGGAGCGAUCCCAAAGACCCCACAAUCCCCGCCAGUAAAGGCUAAAUCUCCGUCGCCGCCGCCGCCACCGGCCUUCAAGGUGGACACGAUGGCCGACCAGCAGAUACCGUCGGACGUCAACUCCAGCUUGGAGCAGCUCGUGCCGGCCGGAACAGUGGAGACCGCUCCGCCGUCGCCGACGUGUCUCCGUCCCAUAAACAAGAUUGAGGACGUGAAGACCAUCAAACGGCAACCCAAGAGCGGAUGGCUGUAAAACUAAACCGUUGACAUUGUUGUACUACUGUGACUACUUUUAUUCUGUGAAAUUUGAUAUUAGAAAAGUGAUUUUGAGGUGCCAUUCGAGAUGCCAAAGAAAGUGAUUAGAACAGUGUGAAAUAAUGAAGAACUGUGAAGAGAAGGAAUUGUUUUUAUACUAUUUACUAGGUGUUAUCAUGAAAUAUUCCUUCAAAUGAUUGUAUCGAUAUCUGGCAAUAAAUAGAAAAUAUUUAAUGAUAA